UCCUCGGUGUAUCUUUAUCGUGUACUGUCUUGUGUACUGAUGUCUUGUGUAGAUGCCUCGCUAGAAGAGCUACUCACAACUCUCAGUGUCCUGUCACAGACCACAGACACCUUACCUGUAUGUGUUCUCAUAAGAAUCCCCACGUAGAGACUUUUUAAAUCCGUCAUGUCCGUGAUGGUAGUGGGGACCAGCUCGAUUCGAAUCAACACACCAAGACUUCUUGCUUCUCAACUUCUGAAGACUCUUCGUACCCAACACGUUUUAUUAAACUUUUAAUAUUUCAUUUUACUUGGCCGUACAUUUUUCAAAAUUCAAAUUCACAAUUUUUUUUACCGCCAAUUAAAAUGCCCAAGUGCUUGUGCAGAUGAUUUGUGUUAAAUAUAUCAUUCAUAUUUAUAUAUCAUAACAGAUCGAUCAUGUUAUUUUAUUCGCAACCACGAGAUUAUCUCUUAUAUAUAUUUUUAAUUUUAUUUAUUGGAUCUGAUGCCCGAUAUGUUGAGAAACAAAGAUACGAUGGAUGGUACAACAAUAUUGCUCAUCCUAAUUGGGGAUCAGUUGAUAGCAGACUGAUAAGAAAAGGACCAUCGGCAUAUGCUGACGGCGUGUAUAUGAUGGCAGGACAGGAUAGAGCAUCGCCGAGAAAGUUGAGUGACUUAUUUAUGAAAGGCGAUGAUGGUAUUGCGUCAAUUAAAAAUAAAACUGCUCUAUUUGCAUUCUUUGGUCAAUUGGUAACUGCUGAAAUAAUAAUGGCAAGCGAAAGUGGGUGCCCUAUUGAAUUCCACCGCAUUGAAGUUGAAAAAUGCGAUUAUAUUUUUGAUAAAGACUGUCAGGGAAAUAAAUUUAUACCUUUUUUACGGGCUGAUUAUGAUCGUAAAACUGGGCACAGUCCCAAUAGUCCUCGGGAACAGAUAAACAAAGUGACAUCUUGGAUAGACGGUAGCUUUGUUUACUCCAGCAGCGAAGCCUGGGCAAACACAAUGAGAACAUUUAAAAACGGUAGUUUUGUUACCGAGCCCAUGGGACAGUUUCCAGUUCGCAAUACAAUGCGAGCUCCUUUGUUCAACAAUGCAGCGCCCAGUGUCAUGAGGAUGCUCAAUCCCGAACGUCUUUAUUUGCUGGGUGAUCCAAGAACGAAUCAACAUCCAGCCUUGUUAACCUUCGGUAUAAUAUUCUAUCGGUGGCACAAUGUCAUUGCCGGUCGUGUCCAGCGGGAAAAUCCAUUUAUGUCAGACGAAGAUAUUUUUCAACGCACACGUCGGAUAGUUGUAGGAACAAUCCAGAAUAUAAUUAUGUACGAGUACUUGCCGGCAUUAUUGGGUGAAAAAUUAAUAGAUUACUACGGCUACAAACCAGAUAUACAUCCUGGUAUAAGUCACAUGUUUCAAAGUGCGGCAUUUCGUUUUGGACAUACCCUCAUACCACCGGGUAUUUAUCGUCGUGAUGAUAAGUGUAACUUUCUAAUGACCCGUACUGGUAAACCGGCAAUAAGACUGUGCAGUACUUGGUGGGAUUCAAAUGAAGUUGUUUCCAAUAAUACGAUAGAAGAGUUAAUAAUGGGUAUGGCAUCCCAAUUAGCCGAGCGAGAAGAUAAUUUACUGAGCGAUGAUAUCAGAAAUAAUUUAUUUGGCCCGAUGGAAUUUUCACGGCGUGACCUUGGAGCACUAAAUAUAAUGCGUGGACGUGACAAUGGCCUGCCUGAUUACAAUACGGCACGUACUUACUUCAAUUUACCUCGAAAGACUACCUGGAAUGACAUAAACCCCGAGUUAUUUGCUAAACGACCGGAUUUAUUGCGCGAACUUAUUGAAAUUCAUGGCAACGAUCUAAACAACAUUGAUGUCUACGUCGGCGGGAUGCUAGAGUCCGUCGACGGACCUGGGGAAUUAUUUUCCACGGUCAUCAAGGAGCAAUUUGUACGGCUGCGUGACUCGGAUCGUUUUUGGUUCGAGAACCAGGAUUCGGGAGUGUUUACCAAGAGUGAAAUUGAUGAAAUACGUAGAGUAACUCUGUGGGACGUGAUAACAAACACAACAACAAUAGAUCCAUCAGCUGUACAACGCAACGUUUUUGUUUGGAGUGACGGGGAUCCGUGCCCGCAACCUGAGCAACUCAAAGGAUCGAUGCUGGACUCUUGCGUGCCCCUUCAGAGAUACGAUUACUUUGUGGGAAGUGAACUUGUUUACAUAUAUGUGUGCGUUUUUAUAGCAUUCAUACCGAUUUUAUGCGCCGGUGCGGGCUACGGGGUCGUCAAGUUACAAAAUCGACGGCGAAGGAGGCUGAAAAUCGUCCAGGAGUCGAUAAAACGCAGGAGCGGGCGCACUGGGUGCAUUAUUGGUAACAUUGGAAAUGGACGGAUUGAUAAAAUGAUCGUACGUGAGUGGCUGCACGCAAACCACAAGCGGCUUGUUAAAGUUAAAUUCGGUCCCGAAGCCGCGCUGCACAUUGUCGACCGUAAGGGGGACAAUCUAAGGACGUUUGAUUUUAGCGGGGUCAAUGUCGUCGCUGUCGAAGAGUCUCAGGAAUGUGAGAGCGGUAACGGAAAGGCUUUGGUACUAUUGCGUAUUCCACGAGACUACGACCUUGUCCUUGAACUAGAUUCUCUCAACUCACGUGGAAAGUUUAUAGCUAAACUUGAGGGAUUUCUUGGUACCCACAAGAAACAUCUCACCAUUGUCCACACCAAUCGGGACAUUAUGCUGGCUAAGGCUGAGACCAAAGAGCGAAGGCAGAAAAAAUUGGAGCAAUUUUUCCGGGAAGCUUAUGCGCUUACUUUUGGUCUCAGACCGGGAGAAAAACGUCGACGCAGGAGCGAAGAAACUGCUGACGGCGAAGUGGUAACGGUCAUGAGAACUUCUUUGUCAAAGAGCGAGUUUGCCAGCGCGCUGGGCAUGCGUCCCGACGCGGUCUUUGUUAAAAAAAUGUUCAACAUCGUCGACAAAGAUGGUGACGGACGUAUUUCUUUUCAGGAAUUUCUGGAUACUGUGCUGCUAUUUUCCCGAGGCAAGACUGAAGAUAAAUUGCGCAUAAUAUUCGACAUGUGUGACAAAGACAGCAACGGAGUAAUCGACAAAGAAGAAUUAUCAGAAAUGCUGAGAUCGUUAGUGGAAAUCGCCCGGACGACUAGUCUAUCCGAUGACCAUGUCACUGAAUUAAUUGACGGAAUGUUUCAAGGUGCUGGACUCGAAAGGAAGGAGUACCUGACCUACAACGAUUUUAAGCUGAUGAUGAAUGAGUACAAGGUCGAUUUCGUCGCGAUCGGAUUAGAUUGCAAGGGAGCUAAGCAGAAUUUUUUAGACACCUCGACCAAUGUCGCACGUAUGACCAGUUUCCAUAUCGAUCAGCUCCCGCCAGAAGCUUCUAAAUGCUGGAUAAGAAAGCAGUGGGACGGGGUCUCGACUUUCCUCGAGGAAAAUCGUCAAAAUAUUUUCUACUUAUUUAUUUUCUAUGUCAUCACCAUUGCGCUUUUCGUCGAGAGAUUUAUACACUAUUCAUUCAUGACCGAGCACACGGAUCUUAGGCACAUAAUGGGUGUGGGCAUAGCGAUAACCCGGGGAUCGGCAGCCGCCCUGUCCUUUUGUUACAGCCUUCUCCUGCUGACGAUGUCACGAAAUCUUUUGACUAAACUUAAAGAAUUUUCGAUCCAACAAUACAUACCGUUAGACUCUCAUAUUCAGUUUCACAAGAUUGCCGCGUGUACCGCGCUCUUCUUCUCUGUUCUACAUACUGUGGGACACAUAGUUAACUUUUACCACGUGUCUACUCAGCCUAUUUCACAUCUACGUUGUUUGACGAGCGAAAUGAGCUUCCCGAGUGACGCUCGUCCCACUAUUUCUUUCUGGCUCUUUCAAACAAUUACCGGUGUUACUGGAAUCUUGCUGGUUAUCGUAAUGACUAUAAUCUUCGUGUUUGCUCAUCCGACAAUCAGACAAAAAGCUUACAAAUUUUUUUGGUCAACACACAGUCUCUAUAUUUUAUUAUACGUGCUAUGUUUGAUUCACGGAUUAGCACGACUUACUGGUGCUCCGAGAUUCUGGAUAUUUUUCGUCGGUCCAGCAAUCAUUUAUUCUUUAGACAAAGUCGUUAGUCUACGCACCAAGUACAUGGCACUAGACAUAAUCGAGACAGAAUUGCUUCCCUCGGACGUGAUAAAAAUAAAGUUUUAUCGUCCGCCAAAUUUAAAAUAUCUAUCUGGACAGUGGAUACGUCUAGCGUGCACAGUCUUCAGGUCUAACGAGUUUCACUCGUUUACAUUGACCUCCGCGCCGCAUGAAAACUUUCUCUCCUGCCACAUCAAGGCCCAGGGACCAUGGACAUGGAAGCUUAGAAACUACUUCGACCCAUGUAAUUAUAAUCCGGAAGACCAGCAUCCGAAAAUAAGAAUCGAGGGCCCGUUCGGCGGAGGAAAUCAGGACUGGUACAAAUUCGAAGUCGCUGUUAUGGUGGGCGGCGGAAUAGGUGUCACGCCUUACGCCUCGAUGCUAAACGACCUUGUUUUCGGUACCUCUACCAACAGGUACUCCGGUGUCGCAUGCAAAAAGGUUUAUUUCCUAUGGAUUUGUCCCUCCCACAAACAUUUCGAGUGGUUUAUCGACGUACUGAGAGACGUAGAGCGCAAAGAUGUAACAGACGUUUUAGAAAUUCACAUAUUUAUAACACAAUUCUUUCAUAAAUUUGAUUUACGCACGACCAUGCUCUACAUAUGCGAGAAUCACUUUCAAAGGCUGUCGAAGAAGAGUAUUUUCACCGGGCUAAAAGCAAUUAAUCACUUUGGGCGGCCCGACAUGACAUCAUUCCUCAAAUUUGUUCAAAAGAAACACAGUUAUGUCAGCAAAAUCGGGGUAUUUAGCUGUGGGCCACGACCGCUUACCAAAAGUGUCAUGUCCGCUUGCGACCAAGUCAACAAAGGCCGCAAGCUUCCGUACUUUAUCCAUCAUUUUGAAAAUUUCGGAUAGUGCUUGCCCACUCAAUAGGCCUUUUAAUUAUUUAAAUUAAUAGUCUGUCAAUUUGUAAAUAAUUUAAAUAAAUAAUUU